UCAUGGUUCAGCGUUAAGGUUAUUACCUGUAGAGUAGCAUAUAUCAGGUAGUGACCAAAGGUGCUCAUAUCAUUAUUAUUGACCUACUUGUUGAUUGUUGAGAGAUUAUAAAUGCAAGAGGAGAAUAAUCAUAAUUGUUUACAACUGAUUCAGAAUGAAGAAUGCAAGAAUCAGGUGGAGGCCGGCGGCGAGGAAAAUGUAAAUGGUUCAAUGUUGCCAAAGGGUGGGGGUUUGUAACGCCGGAUGAUGGGGGUCAGGAUGUAUUUGUCCAUCAGUCAGUAAUACAUAAGGCGGGCUUUAGGAGCUUGGCAGAUGGGGAAGAAGUGGAGUUUGAAAGUGUGCCGUCGGAUAAAGGAGUGGAGGCCACUUAUGUAUCUGGGCCAUCUGGGGUGGAAUGCAGAGGUUCAGAUCGGAGACCAAUGUCCAGAAAGAAGUUCCGAAAGAUAAGAUGUUACAACUGCGGGGACUUUGGAAACCAUAUUGCUGCAAAGUGUCCGUAUGGACCACUACCAAAGCGAUGCCACAAUUGCAAAUCCACAGAGCAUCUAAUAGCUGAUUGUCCUCUUAAGGAUCCAAAUGAGCAGAAAGGGUCACGAAAGGGGAGUGGGAGCAGUAUGAAUGGCGCAGAUUACUCUGGAGGGGGCGGAGCAACGGGUUAUGCCUAAAACACACUACCUCUAUUUAAAGCCAUGUUCUUACUUGACUCUUAGUUAUAAUGGAUCAAAGUGUUGAUUUAGAACAAAUAGUGUAUUCUGUUGUUUGUGUUAAAUGUACAAGAUUCAGAUGAUUGUGGUGUAAAGGAUACUCCCGGGAUAAAUACAGCAAAGGCCAUAUUGUCCAUUGUUUUCUUAGGAUAAUCUUCUUUCUUGUUCAAUCUCCUGUACUUUUUUGCUGUAUACUGUAAUAGGAAGAAUGCUAUUAGCAUAUGUUUUUUCUUUUUUAAUGUAUGCUUGUUAUAUCCCAUUGAUGCACAUGACAAAAAUUGAUUUAUAUUGUUUUUAUUAUUUCAGGUAAUUGUUUAAAGUUCUUAGAGCGCUAUGGUCAGUCCCAGGUAGCCCAGUCAUUACCAACGUUUACCCUGCUGUAUAUCUUAAAUGGACUGUCCAUCAUACAAUUUGGGCAGUACCAUCUAUUAUUUAAAAGGAUGUUCACUGAAAAUUGACUGAUUGAACAGCGAACAGUGCAGACCAAGAUAAGCCGUUGGUCUGCACUAGUCGCAAAGGCAGAAUCACUUGCCGCCAGCAGGUUAAAGAUUAAAUAGAAACAUUGUCAAUGUACGACAAUAGAAGUUUGUUGAAUUCGCCCACAUUUAUACAUUUUUGUUGGUAAGGUAUUGGGCUCGCAAUGACACUCGGCAUACUGCGUUCGAUUACGUAUUUUUGGCAUUUUCCGGUCAUUACGAAGGCUGAAGGUUACCGAGAUAGCAUACGAAGAAUAUGUAAUCGAAUGUAAGUUGCCGAGUGGCAUAAUGGGCCCACUGUUUUAAAUUAAGCAAGAAAAACAUAACGGAAACGACCAUGAUGGUUAUUUUAACUGGGGACCAUACGCCGCUUUUCAUGGAAUUACACAUUAGUGUAGCAUUGAAGGUUCCAUGUGCACCGCCGUAUGAACACAUCUGCGGAUGUCUCUAACUUGUUUUUUGUACUUUUAGCAUGUGUAAAUGUUGAGUUCUGCUCAACCCGGGGCUAGAGGGCGUGAACGGUAGCAUGCAUUUCCACUACCGUCCAUGAACAGGCUCAAUCAAACCGAGCCUGCAAUAAUUUCGUUUUUGUUGUGUUGAGCGACCUGUGGAGUUUCCACUUUUCUAUUUGAUCAGACGCCUUAAAAUUCAUUGUAGUUUUACGCAGAUCACUACGUAUUAUUAGAGCUUUUGAAUUCAGAUUUAUGAUAUAUCAAGCGCCCAUUCUCUUGCUCUUAGUAUGAUAAUAAGUACUGGUUGGUAAGGUGAACUUUGGGAUUUAAAAUUCGAGAAAAAGAAGAAAUAUAUAAGAAAUACGUUUUUCACAUGUACAAAAGUAAAAAAAAAACAUCCACAAAACUUCAAUGUUCUGGAAAUGCCGUAUAGAUUUUGAAUUUGUUUUGGUUAAUAUGAAAAUUAAAAUCCUAGAUAUUUCCAAAUGUUGCUUGUAGCAUUAUUAUUUAGGCAGCUGUUGAUUUGUUAGGAAACAUUGUCUAUACAUGUAUAUGUUGGAUGUACGCUAUUUAAUGUUAUUUUAUUUAGAGAUGUCUUGGGUUUGACAGUACGUUGUGCAUAACGCAUCCAGUCAUGCAGCACCCCACGUGUUAUUGGGGAGCGUGUUAAUUUAUACACUACUCACAAACUGAGGACAUGCUCACAUUCCAAAGAUGACAUCAUAUGAUAAAAAGUACAUAUAACGAUAUACAUGUGAUACUAUUAUUUUCACUAUUGAGCUGUUGUCAAACUGAAUACACCUCUGAUAAAAUUGUUACUAGAUAUUAGAAUUAGAGAAGUUUAGAUUUCAAUACCUGUACAUGUGCGUGUACUCCUGCGUAUAGUUAAUCGUUAAAAUAGCAACUGAGAAAUACGCUCUGCAUUGGAUAAAUCUACACGGUUUUGAACAAAAAUAAAUUUUACAAGUAUUUUUAAUAUAUUUGGUUAUAUCUACGUGUAAUUAGAAUCGCUCUGUUCUGUUUUUUGACACUUGACCCUGGUAUUGAGAUACCUUAAUACGUCGAUCAUCUCGCACAGGUUUGAACUUUCAACUUCUCUAUUGUUAUUCAUUUACAACCACGUCUACCUCAACAGUAUUGUACAUGUAUGUACACAUUAGUUAUAUAAUAAGUCUUGUAUUUGGGUAAAUCGUAAACAAUAGCCAAACAUAAUAAGUUUUCCUAUCUGAAUUAGUUUGUAAGAGGAUGGAAACAUGGCCCGUUGUUUAUUAAAUAAUACUUGGUCUUGGGGAUUGCUUUAGUAAUUAUUAAUAUAUGGUGCAUCAGUUUGAUAGCCAUUGUACGGAAUGAUAAUCAGAGUGUAAGUAAGUAAUGUACAUUUUUAACCAUAUUCAAAGUAAAUGGAAGUGGCCGUGAUAUAUUUUCCGCUAAAGGUUUUUCAAUCAGGGUGAGCCCCUUGACAUGUUCAUUUUCUAGAGUGCAUAAGAAUUCCUGAGUUUAUAUACUACGAAUCACGUAUGGUUGUUAUUAAAAAAACCUUUUGAAUUAACUUGAAUCGGUCUUUAUAAUUAUUUUGAUUUGCUUUUUGGCGACACUUUCGUUUUAAUGUGAAUAAAGGCAUCAGGCCUUUAGCGUUAUCUCCGAAAUAGACUGAAACGCCUUGGUAGAGACACUGACCUUCCACACGCAAGUAGGAGUCAAAAAAUUUUAUUUAACAAGAAGUGUCGUUUAAUUUAUUUGACAUGGUAUAAUAAUGAAGUUAACAAAUCUAAAUGAAUCGGGUCAUGUACAGUACACUGACAUUAUAAGCUGUUAGUUCUGUCCUCUAAUGGGUAAGUUGAUAAAUUGCCUAGUUGUGCAUACUAACGAGUUUGCAAGACUUAUUAUUUUCAGCUAUGUAUCUAUAAAAAAAACUUACUUCCAUGCGUUACAACUAGGUCAUGGCCUUAAGAAUAAUGGCAUGUUAUAAUUUAUUCGUUCUACCUACAAAUUCUUAUACAAUUUAACUCCUUAAUAACAAUCCAUAAAGUUUACUUUAAUGUCAAAAUGGCUGCACAGUUUUGUAUUGAGUCUGUAUGCAUUAUGAUGAGAUGACUUACCUUUUGUUUGCUUUUUAUGUACAGGAAAGUUAAAGUCUCUCGUAGAACAACUGUACAAGUAUUUUGCUAACAUGCGCAUCUAGCAUGUAUAUAUGUAUAAGUAAAAUACCUGAUAUAUUGUAAAUAAUGUAAAAUAUUAUAAAAGUAGCAUUUGCAUUUUGUUUAUAAAAAUUUAGAACUUUGUGCCAUUUCAACGUCGAUAAAUAUUUGUUGUCAUCAAAGUAUCUACCUCAGUCUAACUAACAUAUCGAAAAUCAGGGUCGAUAUCAAAAUAUCAAAAACACGGGUAUGCGUUACAACUUGAAACUAAAAAUCCGUUGACUUUAGUUACGGUUUUAAAAUUGUUUUAAGAUGAUUCACGUAUACGUCAUAAUAUAAUCAAAAUGUUGCUUGUUAUUACAUGUGAACAAUACUCUGUAUUAGAAGUAAAAUACAGGUAUUUUGUGUUCAGGGUUUUGUGCCACAUUACCUCAAUUUUUCAGUCUUCCGGUGGUUUUACAAAAUUGUAAAAAUGUUGCUACCAAUACAAAUUUAACUCGACUAGUCGAUAGGUGAUACUAAUAUUAUUUUUCAUCUGUAUACAAGCCAAGAUUUAUCCCGUGCUGCAUUGAAUUAUUUAAAACAAUCUUUGUUCUAUGCUUUUGUAAAAAAUGAAAACGCAGUGUGUUGUUCUAAUAAAUAUUUACUCAUUUGAACAGCUGUUCUUGGCCUAAAUAUGGUUCCUUUUUUAAAAGAGAAUGUGAUAUUUAUGCCGUUCAUCUCCAAAAUGAUGUAGAAAGUGUUAAAACCAAAAUGUUAAAUGUUGAAAUCCAUCAAGGCAAAAAUGAAAAAUAUUUUGUUAAAAAAAAAAUAAGAUUUACGUUCUUCAUAAUAGAAUAUUACAUAUUUGGUCGAAAUAGUGUUGACAUUGUAUUGUAGAAAAAGUUUGUAUAGCUUUAAAUUUAUUUCUUGCUUUUAUAUAAUUAUCUUGUGAGAUAGAAUUGGUUGCCACUAUAUGUUAUGUUUAUGUGUGGUGUUUUAAAGGUGCUGAAGAUAGUUAAAGGAAACUUGAUUAUAUUGAAACUGGUUGACAUUUGAAAUAGUAGAAAAGUGUACGUGAAUGGAAAAAUGGUAUGAUACGGUGUCCAUUUUUCUAAUGUUUUGCUUUUACUCUGAAUAAGUUAGGUCUGAGGCUUGGUUUGCCCUUAAACUGUGUUUAAUAGAAAAAAUUCUUCUCCUCAUGUAUUGUGUAGUGAGCAGGGAAGCUUUAUUAUUGGGAUCCAUCUAUUGCAAUUACCUAUAUAAUUAUACAUGUAUGUGUGUGAAAUGUUAAUGCUGUUACUUAAAUGACGAAAUAUUAUUAUUUCUACAUCUCUUCAAAUGUAUGUGGCGUACACAUGUUAUUUUAUGUCGUACCCAUAAGAUUAAAACAUAAGCCCUAGUGUCUUUUGUUUCGAAAUGGUGUUUCUGUUUCAUUUUUAGGACCUUAUUCUAUUUCUGUUAGUUCUUUUUCCAUUGCCAUUUGCGCAUGUUUACUGCACUAUCAAAGUCAAAUUUAUAACCCAAAACAUGAAGUGGGUUUAUGAGUUUUUUUAUUGUUGACUUUUUACAAAAUCAACAAACCACAUACAUUUGUAGGGAUGUAAAUUAUACGCAUGGUAGAAGAAAUCUGGAGCAAAUUAAAUCGGUCAGGUUUUACACAUAAUAUGGAGGUUAAAUUUAACAUUUUGAACGAUCUCUUGCAUCUUCCAUCGUUAUCACUUCAUUCACCAUUCGUAAUAAAAAUCAAAAUGGCGGAAAGUUAACAUUCUUAUGGAGGCAUGAUUUGGUAGAACCAGUUGUUACGUAUAUGUAAGCUUUGAUAUGUUGAAAGUGUAGGCACCUACACGCGGUCUUUUCGUUAGUUUUGUUUCUGUUUUUUUGUAAUGAAUUUUAUGAAAUUAUAUAUAAUGAAAAACUUGGAGCCAUGAAGGGAGAUAAUUUAAUAUCUGAUUAAAUAUAUGACCGACCUACUCUUUUUGGCGUUAAGAAGUCAUUUUUCCCAAGAAAUGUAAGAUCAUGUAGUGUUACAUUUCGGAACUUUUAUUAUACGAAAAAUCCACAAAAAGUGCGAUUGUCCCAUAGAAGCCCAUUUUGAAAAGGUCCAACAAAAAUCAAGCACACUCCCUAAUCUUUCUUUUUGCUUGAAUUUCUUCCGGAUUGAAAAAUUUGGUUGUAUAAAGUUCUCUAUUAUAUCUAACAAUAUUUAUUUCAAACGUGAAUGGGGUUUCGGUGGCCGAGUUGUUGUGUCAAUGACUUGGAAUCACUUGCCCCUCACUACCUUAAACUAGCUUAAUACAUUAAAAUAAAGUAUCUUAUUUCUAGUUUUAUUUUUCACUAUACAAAACAAUUGAAUUGUUUGUUUGUUAACUUGAUUUAAUUCAACUUAGAACCAUACAAUUUCCUUCUAAAAUUUUUUAGGUUUAUCCAGUCAUAAGAAAAAAAAGCAUUUUUUUUUUAUUAUUUUAAUGUCUGUUAAUAUCAAUUUAAAAUAAAGAAGGAAAUUUUGACAGGGAGACUUUCUUACAAAGUCGAUGUUUUUGUUUGUUUUCUUAUGUUUUUGUUAACCUAAUAAAAUGUACAGUAGGACAUGCUUUAAGAUAUUCAGGCGUAAAAUAGUUCCAUACUGGCAUCGAACACAACUACAUAUAGACAUUUUGAAGUACGAACAGUAUUCUGUACGAACUUAAAAGAAGUCACCUUACCCGUUGGAACUCAAAGCUUGCAUAGACGCCAAACCUGGAGUUGGUGAAACCUUUGAAACAACAUCUCUUGUUAUUUGUUUGUUUUUUACUUGGGGAAUGACACGGUCAAACCAAAUGGAGUCACGACUUGGUUCAAAACCUGAAGUUCUUUUUUGGAAGUUUUUUAAAAAAGAUAUUUGUUGUGUUGUAAAUAGUAUUGUACAACGUCUUGUGGAUUCUGUCAAAGUAGUUGAUAUAUAUUAUAUAAUUACAGAUAAUUGAAACUUGAACUUAAAUAGAACUUUUUUUUACAAAAACAGCAAACAGUGUGUUUCAUUGUAAACAUGUGCUGGCUUCAAGAUUUAAUACUUAACGUUCUAAUAUACACUUAACAAAUGUUCGAAAACAAAACUUGAUUUUUUCUCAAUAUCUUAAUCAUUACUUAGUUGUACUUUUGGCAAGUGAAAAAAGCAUGGUUUCAUGCCAUCUUUAUAAAUAACUUUCUAUUUCUAUUUCUGUCUGACAUUUUGUGUUCGUUCAUUUUCUUGUUAAAGAAUCAAUGUUUUGCAAAUUUUACAUCUCAUGUAUGGCAUGACAAAGAAAUUUGUAUAUUUUUGUGAAUUUUUAAAAUGAACCGAGAUCGUUAAAUGAAUGCAUGGUUAGAUUUACUUGAAAUAUUUAAAGUUUUAUAUGUUGAUAUGAACAGUAACAACAAAAAAAUGUAUUUGCAAUAAAUUUUAAGAUAUAAGCGACAAACAGAGUUAGGUUAGAACAUUUAUUAAGUGUAUAUAAGUACUUGUGUCGUGUGUAUGAAUCUCGAAUAAUCUUUUUUUCUGAAUUUUUGCUUUUUGUUUUGAGGGUGAAUUACGGUUUUUUGGAAAACUUUUAUAUCUGAAAAUAUAUUUUCAAUUUAGUCUUCUGUUAUUUCUUAGUUGUACUGUACAAAU